ACUUUCCCACUCUCAAGAUACCCGCUCCCUCUCUUUCUCUCUCUAGAAAAAGUUAUUACACACACUCUCUCUCUCUCUCUCUCUCUCUCUCUCUCUCUAUAUCUAUAGAUUUAUCUUCUGUAUACGCAGUUGGAGUUCGGAGGGCUUCGUGAAGCUUUCUUCCAGCGACUGGCGCUUCUGAUUUCGGCCUCUUCCUCUUAGUCAGUCGAAAUAUAUGUACUAUAGGAUUUCACGAACACUGUAUUUCCUCAGUUUUAUCUGUUCAUUUAUUUAUUUAUCUGGGUUUGAGCUUGGGUUUGUGACUUCUCGAUCUAGGGUUUCCUUUUUGGUCCCUGUUGUAAGUUGUUAAAUUGUCUACUGUAAGUUGGUGUUUAGAAUAUAUACACAUAAUAUAUAUAUAGUGCGCUUCUCUUCUGAGGUGGCCUCUUGCUGCUGGAUUUUGCUCUUGUGGGAUUUUGAGGAUUGGAUUUGUGUCAAGAGGCUAUUUUGUUGCACUACUGGGUAAAGAACACUGAAUAAUUGGACAGAAAGACAUAAUGAUGGCUAAGAAGGACAGAUUUCCGCCAGGGUAUUCUUCUAGUUUUGCUCCCCAUUAUGAAUCUGAAGGAUCAGGUAGCUCAGGACGGAUUGAUUCAGCUGAGGAUUGUUCUGCACCUACGAGGAAAUGGAUUGAUUUAAAUUCUGCUUCGAGGGAUGGUUUUGCUGUACCCAUUCAAGUUAUCCCCUUAUCCAAAUUAUCUUCAUAUGAGCGGAAGAGUUUAGUGCUUCGCUUGACAUCAGAGCUCGAGCAGAUUCGAGUUCUUCAAAAUAAAGUUGAGUCACAGAAAAAGAGAACUGCAAUUGCUGUUACAAAGUCAUCUUCUAGUGAUAUUCUCAGCUGCAGUAAUGCCCAACAGAAAGGUCUGCCAGCAGGGAAUGUAAAGAAGUCAUCUGUGUCAGGUUCUGGGCCAGGGAAAAAAGCGCGUGGUUGGAAUCGAGGUAUUACAGGAAGGUUUGAGUCGGCCCACACUGGUGUAAAUGCCAAUGCAGGAUUGCUAAAGCAGUGUGAGAGUUUGUUGAAGAAGUUGAUGUCACAGCAAUAUGCUUGGGUGUUUAACACACCCGUUGAUGUGGUGAAACUGAAUAUUCCUGAUUAUUUUGACGUUAUCAAAAACCCUAUGGAUCUGGGAACAAUAAAGAGCAAGCUUGCUUCAGGAAAGUACUCAAGCCCUUUGGAUUUUCUUUCUGAUGUCAGGCUUACUUUUACCAAUGCAAAGACCUAUAAUCCUCCUGGGACUGAUGUCCACAUCAUGGCUGAUACGAUGAGUCAGUUUUUUGAAUUGAGGUGGAAAACUAUAGAGAAAAAACUUCUCGGAAGUACUUCCCAGUCACUACCUGGCAAUUCAGGGAUUCUUGAGGAAACUGAAAUCACUAAGCCAUUGCCCCCGUCAAAAAAGAGGAAGCUUAUCCCAACAGAGGGUGAAGUAAUGCAAGAGCCUACCAAGCCAAAGAUGACGGAUGAAGAGAAGCAUAAAUUAAGCAGUGAAUUGGAAGAUUUGCUUGGUGACCUGCCUGACAGUAUCAUUGACUUUCUAAGGGCGCAAACCUCGACUGGAGGCAAUGGUGGAGAGGAUGAGAUCGAAAUUGACAUUGAUGAUCUAAGUGAUGACACCCUGUUUACCUUAAGGAAGCUUUUAGACGAUCAUUUACAAGAGAAACAGAAGGACCACGUGAAAUCUGAAGCCUGUGAGAUUGAGCUGCCAAAUGUGUCAGGGCUUAGUAAUUCCUCAUUGCGACUCGAGAAAGGAAAUGAUCCUACCGAUGAGGAUGUUGAUAUUGGAGGUAAUGAGGCUCCUGUCACUAGCUACCCUCCAGUUCAGAUUGAUAAGGACGCAGGGGGCAGAGCUGAAGAAUGUAAUGAAGCAGGUCCAGACUCUGAUAGAGGAUCUGAAUGCUCCAAAGAUUCUUCAGCUGUAAAGCAAGUUCAGGAUGAUAUUGGUCAGACAGUGGAUUCAGAAAAAAAGGGCGAUGCCGAAGAGCUGGUUGAUGGACAUGCAUCUGUUAGUGGACUGGACCAGCUUGAACAAGGUUCACAACUAAGGCCAUACUCGAGCGAUUCAGAUGGUCAGCUGGAUGGGGAGAGUGCACAAGCUGAGAGGCAGGUCUCUCCUGACAAGCUGUAUAGGGCCGCUCUUUUGAAGAACCGAUUUGCAGAUACAAUCUUAAAAGCUCGAGAAAAGACGUUAAAUCAGGAUGAUAAGGCCGAUCCAGAGCGCCUGCGACGUGAGAGAGAGGAACUUGAGAUGCACAAAAGGAGAGAGAAGGCUAGGUUGCAAGCAGAAGCCAGAGCUGCAGAGGAUGCUCGAAAACGAGCUGAAGCAGAAGCUGCAGCUGAAGCAAAAAGGAGGAGAGAGCUUGAGAGGGAAGCUGCCCGAGAAGCAUUGCUUAAGAUGGAGAAGACAGUUGAAAUCAAUGAAAAUUCACGGUUUCUAGAGGAUCUUGAAAUGCUGAGGGCUGUGGCUCCUGAGCAAUUACCUAGUUCUGUGGAUGAGACCAGCCCGGAUCGCUCACCAGAUGGCUUUGGAAGUUUCAAAUUUGGAGGCAGCAAUCCCUUAGAACAGCUUGGAUUGUACAUGAAAGUGGACGAUGAGGAAGAGGAAGCGGACCCCCCAAGCAUUCCGAAUGCAGUUGACGAUGUGGAGGAAGGAGAAAUUGAUUAAGUCUCUGUUUUGCUCCCACCACUUUCUGAUUAAAAGCAAGAAUAUUAAGACCACAUAUGGAUAAGAAAUGCAUGCAGUAGAUUCUUGGAAAACAUUCUUUGGCAAAAAGGAAAAACCAAAAAAAAAAGUGAGGAAGCGGAAAAAAAUUAAAAAAAGAAAAGACUAAAGAUAGGAAAUGCAGAAGAGUUGCCUGUGAUCUAACUGCUUUGUGUGUGUUACUGUACAACAAAGUAAGUGUGGUAUACAAUGUGUAAGAGUAUGGUAUGAAGUAUGAAGCAGAAAGCCAAAGGACUAGUGACUUGGCGAAAUAGUUGUUAAUGAGCGUACGUUGUGUGUAUUAUAACUCUAAUGUAUUCGUUGAUUGCGGAUCCAUCCAAAACAAAGAAACUCUCCAAUGUAAGUUAAGUUGUUGGCUUGUUUUUUA